UAAUUUUAUCUUUGUCUGUCUGAGUGUCGACACACCCCAUUGUACACAUUAUAUCAAGGAUAUCCGUACUUGAAAUAUGGACAUGGAUAUGAUGAAGACGAAGCUGUUAGGAUACCUACCUAAACCAACACUUUAUCCCUUCUAUGGGACACUUCUUUUAUACUUUGUGUUAUAUCAGCCCUUUAUAGGGUAUCCUCCUAUAACAUUCUUCGCCGCAUUCUUUAAAAUCCUUCCAGUGUUGUCGUUGGCAUAUUUUGUGCGGUCCACCGUCAAAGGAAAAUUGUCUGCACUUAUGGACAAUGACUAUAAGAAAUUCAUUUUCAUUGGAUUACUAACAUCCAGUCUGGGAGACGCAUUAUUAGUGGCUCGUACCGCUCUCUUCAUUCCAGGUAUGCUGGUCUUUGGUGUUGCGCAUUUGUUCUAUAUAUUGGCCUUUGAACCGUCCAGUGGCAAAAGCAGAUUACAGAAUUUGUAUAUUCUGGGAUAUUUAGCUCUUGCAGUGACAUUGCACGCAGACAUUGAUAGUUUUAUAAUGUUUUGUCUGGUGAUGGUAUAUAUGACAUUGAUCCUUGUUAUGUCUUGGAGAGCGACAAAUACAUAUGAACGAACAAAAACAUUUCCGGCACUGGCUGCAUGUGUCGGUAGCAUGUUAUUUAUUUUCUCAGAUUUCCUGAUAGCAGUUGACAAAUGGAAAUUUUCCGUACCAUUUACACAGUUUUUUGUGAUGAUAACUUAUUAUUCUGCACAAUUCUUUCUUGCUUUGAGUACAGAUAGUUAGUUAUAAAAUAUAAAAAGCUUAUAAUACAGACAAUCAAAAACAAAUUUCAAAAUAAUACUUAUACCUUAAUAUUAGCUUUUUAUUACAUCAUAAUAUGUAGCUUUAUACAUGUUAUAACAAUAAAAUCAAGUGAAAUACA